AAAACCAUACGUGCAACGAGCGCUGGAGAGUACUGGAGAAUGCUUCCACCUGGAAAGCAUGUUUUGACGGUUGAAGCUCCUGGUCUGGAGUUGGAAAUGUUUACGGUGACGGUGGAGAAUGAACUUGAUUCGUCAUGA